AUGACAGAAAACGCCAAAACCCACGUUAUUCUGCUGUCGUGUGGCAGUUUCAACCCCAUCACCAAAGGACACAUCCAUAUGUUUGAGAAAGCCAGAGAAUACCUUCACAAAACGGGCCGCUUCAUCGUGAUUGGAGGGAUCAUCUCGCCAGUGCAUGACUCUUACGGCAAACCUGGCCUGGUGCCCAGUAAACAUCGGCUGACCAUGUGCCAGCUUGCUGUGCAGUCUUCUGAUUGGAUCAGAGUGGACCCCUGGGAGUGCUACCAGCAGACCUGGCAGACCACCUGCAGUGUCCUGGAACACCACCGCGACCUCAUGAAGCGAGUCACUGGGUGCAUCCUGUCCAACGUAAACACACCCUCCUCCACUCCUGUGAUUGGUCAGCCGCAGAACCAGGCCCCACCGGUCUACCAGAACCACAACAACUUGGCCAACAAACCCACCGCAGUCAAGCUGCUGGGGAAGGUGAGUGAGAGCCUGGGGAAGAUGUGCUGCGCCCGACCCAGCAUGGACCGCUUCACCUUCAUAGAUGAGAACGCCAACCUGGGACCCGCCAUGAGGUAUGAAGAAAUUGAGUUACGCAUCCUGCUCCUCUGUGGAAGUGAUCUUCUGGAGUCCUUCUGCAUCCCUGGUCUGUGGAAGGACAGUGAUAUGGAGGUGAUCGUCGGGGAUUUUGGCAUCGUGGUGGUCCCUCGUGAUGGAGCCGACACGGAGCGAAUCAUGAACCACUCUUCUGUGCUCCGCAAGCACACGGAAAACAUCCUCAUGGUGAAGGAUGACGUGAACCACCCCAUGUCCAUUGUCAGCUCCACCAAGAGCCGGCUGGCCCUGCAGCACGGAGAUGGCCAUGUGGUGGACUACCUGAACCAGCCCGUCAUCGACUACAUCCUGCAGACCCAGCUCUACAUCACCGCCUCAGGAUAGGCACACCGCCUCACUCCGCCCACGUUAUCCUAAACCCCCUCUUAUCUCCCAACUGCCAACCCUUAAUAACCCCACCCACAUACUGCUUG